AAAACCCUCGGCCAAGGGCCCUCUACUCUCCUCCGAGCUGGGCAGUGGGCCUGGGGUGCCCUCUCCCUCCCCCCGCCCCGGGGGGCAUUGUGAGGCCGUUAGUCACCUGCCCCAACCCCAGCGCCUCACUCAGCCCCAGCUUUUGGAAAUGGGACUGGCGGCGGGACAAUAGGCCAGGGGGGCGGUCAGCCCAGACAAAGGGCAGCAGGAAAAACACCAUCACUUGCUACGAGGCCAGCUCGCUGGCAUUUGGGAGAAUGUGUCAUUGCAUUUACUCAGGGGGAGGGGGAGGAGAGGGAAGGUUAGAGAUGAGGAGUCCGAGGUAGGGUGAGAGCAGGGACCCCGCACCCCAGGUCGACGCCGUCGGAGAAGAAAAGGAGAGGGCGGCCCGCUCCCCCCGGCUCGGGGAGUCUGCCGGCGGACUGAUGCCCUCCCCGCCCCCUCCCCCAGGAGGCCCAGGGUGGUACCGCCGCAGCCUCGCCUCACCUCACCCCCCCUCGGUGUUGUGGGAGGGAGAGGAGCCCCAGAAGCCCUCCCUUCCCUCCUCCCCCCUCCUCCCCCCACCCCGGGGAGGGCCGCUACAAUUUGUGGUUACAGCUUUACACGUCAGAAAAAAAAAAAAAAAGUUUGCAGAAUGUCCCACACCGAAAAAAAAAAAAAAUCCGAAACCGAGCGAAAAAAACCUGCGAGUGGGCCUGGCGGAUGGGAUUAUUAAAGCUUCGCCGGAGCCGCGGCUCGCCCUCCCACUCCGCCAGCCUCCGGGAGAGGAGCCGCGCCCGGCCGGCCCGGCCCCCAGCCCCAUGGACCUCCGAGCAGGGGACUCGUGGGGGAUGCUAGCUUGCCUGUGUGCUGUGCUCUGGCACCUCCCGGCAGUGCCAGCCCUCAACCGCACGGGGGACCCAGGGCCUGGCCCCUCCAUCCAGAAAACCUACGACCUCACCCGCUACCUGGAACACCAACUCCGCAGCUUGGCUGGGACCUACCUGAACUACCUGGGCCCCCCUUUCAACGAGCCUGACUUCAACCCACCUCGGCUGGGGGCAGAGACCCUGCCCAGGGCCACUGUCAACUUGGAUGUGUGGCGGAGCCUCAAUGACAAACUGCGGCUGACCCAGAACUAUGAGGCCUAUAGCCACCUUCUCUGCUACUUGCGUGGCCUCGACCGCCAGGCUGCCACGGCCGAGCUGCGCCGCAGCCUGGCCCACUUCUGCACCAGCCUUCAGGGCCUGCUGGGCAGCAUCGCGGGCGUCAUGGCAGCUCUGGGCUACCCGCUGCCCCAGCCUCUGCCCGGAACCGAGCCCACCCGGGCCCCCGGCCCUGCCCACAGCGACUUCCUCCAGAAGAUGGACGACUUCUGGCUGCUGAAGGAGCUGCAGACCUGGCUGUGGCGCUCGGCCAAGGAUUUCAACCGGCUCAAGAAGAAGACGCAGCCCCCGCCGGCGGCGGUCACCCUGCACCUGGAAGCCCAUGGCUUCUGAUCUCUGACCUUUACCGCCUCCUCUCUCCUCUCCUCCCUCAAAUCCUGCUCCCACUCUGGGAGGGAGAAACCCGUAUGCCAACAUCUGUUGAGCCAGGAGACAGAAGCCAUGGGCCUCUGGCCCUCUCCGGACUCGGAAGAGGGCAUGAUCCACAGGGCCUAUCCCCUCCCCGCUUUCCGAAGGCCUGCAGGUCUCUUCCACAGGGAGGAGCGCUCCCGGGGGCCGCAGUGGUUCAAGUUGGUGCGAAGGCUCCCACAGCUUCCUGCUUCCUGCCCGGCACUUGCCGGCGCCCACAGGCCCCUCGUGCGCGCGGCACUUCCAGGAAGCAUGCCCGCAGGCAGGGAGGGGGGCCACCGCAGCAUGUGCCUUUCUGGGGCGGGGGGAGCCCUUUGGCUGCCCCACUCUCCUUGGAUGGGCGUUGUUCCCCUAUCCCCAAAUAGCCCAGUACAUCCAAUUCAGGAAACACACACACGGUGGCAAGUCCAAACGGGAAGAAACGGGAUUUAAAAGCGGAAGAGGUGGGAUCUGCAUUGGAGGUCAUGCUAAGAGCAUAGGGGCAGGGACAGAGCGGACCCACGGCUCACCAAGGCAGUCGGUGGCACAGGACGGCAGCCAAAAGGACCUUGCCUUGCAUCUUCUUGCCGGCAUCAUGGUGCCUCCUCUCCACCCCCUUUCCAGGGUAUCUGUGGGUUGCCCAGGCUGGGGAGGGCAACCAUAGCCACAGCCACAGGGUUUCCUGAAAGUUUACAUUGCAGUAGCAUUUCGGGGUGCGGGGGGCAGCUCCCCCAGGCCCUGCCCCCCAGCCUCACCCACUCAUGACUCUAAGUUUGUUGUAUUAAUAUUUAUUUAUUUGGAGAUGUUAUUUAUUAGAUGAUAUUUAUUGCAGAAUUUCUAUUCUUGUAUUAACAAAUAAAAUGCUUGCCCCAGGACUUCAUCUCUUUGCUUGGCCUGGUGCUUCCCCUCCUGGGCCCCCGCGUGCCUGGUGGCUUGGAGCCUGGCAGUCCAGGGCAGAGC